AUGGCAGAGCUUAUGAGCACAAAGCUCAACGCGGAAUCGCAUCUGCUACUCGACCAACCCCUCCUCCGCACGCCCUAUGAGCUCUCCCGGCGCAACUUCAAAAACGCCCAACGCGUCAUCGAACACACAACCUCGGCGCUCACAACCUCUCUAACAGCAACCACAAAAGCCGCAUCCAAACCCAGCACCUCACCCAACACAACGCUCGAAAGCGUCGACUCGAUGCUAACGCGACUACAAACGCUCAAACGCAAACUCCAAGUGCUACACGAAGAAGAAACCAAAAUCCACACCUCGGCGAAAGCGCGGCUGCAACACCUGCAAGAUCUGUACGACGUACAGUCGCUGGUGGACGUAAAGUACGACGAGUGGAGUCGCACGCGCUUGAGUCGUUUGCUGGUGGAUUAUUUGUUGCGCGAGGGGUAUACGGAGAGUGCGGCGUGUCUUGCGCGUAGUAAAGGGAUUGAAGAGCUAGUCGACGUCGAUGCUUUUGUUGCGUGCCAGCGUAUUGAGCGGAGUCUGAGAGAAGGCAUGAGUACGGGGUUAGCGCUGGAGUGGUGUAAGGAGCAUGGCAAGGAAUUGAAGAAGGUGGGCAGUAAGCUGGAGUUUGAACUAAGGUUCCAGCAGUUUAUUGAGUUGGUUAGGGAGGGGCAUGCUGCUGCUGAGGAGGGCAUGGAUGUGGAGGAUGGAGGUGUAGGUGUAGGUUCAGGCGUGGAUAAAUUGGGGGAGGCGACGGCGCAUGCAAAGAUGUAUUUGACGAAAAGUGGAGGGGAUUUUGCGUUGAUGGGGAGGGCGGCGGGGUUGUUGGCGUAUAAACCUUGUGAUGGGGUUGAGCCUUAUCAUACCCUAUACUCCCCAACCCGCUGGUCCCACCUAGCCGACCUCUUCCUCCAAACCCACCACACACUCUACUCUCUCCCACCCCGCCCCCUCCUCCACAUCGCCCUCUCCGCCGGCCUGUCCGCCUUGAAAACACCCGCCUGUCACUCCGCCUACACGCCCUCGUCUGCCUCGCCUGACUCCGCUGCUACAACAACAGUCUGCCCAAUUUGCAGCACCGAGCUCAACGAACUCGCCCGCAACGUUCCUUACGCUCUGCACACAAAAUCUAUCGUCGAAGAUGCGCCUGUUGUGCUGCCAAACGGGCGUAUCUAUGGCGAGGAGAGGUUGAGGGUGUUUAAUGAGAAGGUUGGGACGGAGAGGGGGUGGGUGAGGGAUCCGGUGGGGGGCUUGGGUGGGGAGGUUUGGAGGGAGAGUGAGGUAAGGAAGGUUUAUGUUAUGUGA